CACCCACAGCACUCCCAAGAUUUUGUCCGGGUUAUAGUACAAGUCAUGGACAGAUCAUGUGCCGUGAAAUUUUGUUUACAGCCCGUGACCUGUCCCUGAGUUUUACUAAAAAUAUCCGUUACUCUAAGGAGCCUUACCCAUGAUAUUGGGUUGAUGCUGCCUCCUGCAGUGUGAUCUGGGGCCCAGACUGAGCAGCUGCAGCUUCCCCAGCGGGGUCUUUGCCAAGGAGAGACCUUCAUUAACCCCCCUCUGUGUCCAACCAGGGGAGGGGGGAGAAGGGGGAUGGGAUGAGCGGACAACUUCCGGUGGUUUCCAGCCACCGGGGCAGUCCUGGGCUCUGCCAACACCAGCCCCUGAGCCGGAGCCUGCAGGUGAGGGGAGAGACCCGGGGGAAAGGGCUGGGGCCAGGCAGGAAAGUGACUCUACACAACAGGCCCCUUUCAGGGACCUGCUGGUGAGUUUGUACCUAAGAGGGAGGGGCUCCCCCAUACCUGCGGGUCCCCGAACUGCUGCCCUCAGUGACACAACCAAGCUCACACUGGAGAGCGAAUGCCCCUGUGAAUGGGACAGUCCCCAGUUCUCCCAGGCAGAGGGGAGAGGGAAGGAAACAGGAAGGGGAAUGGUGAGACGGAAAGGGGCAGCAGGAGCAAGAAGGGAGGGAGGUUCCCAGCUCCCAGACCUGCUGGAUCCAUUCCCUGCAUCACCUCUGGGCAGCCUGACUCUCCUGGGAACAAGGAGAGGAGCUGACAGAGGAAAAGCCAGGCUCUGCCCCAGCCCAGUCCCAGCAGUGCCCUGCCCUGGGGCCAAUGUCAGGGGGAAUUCCCCAAAGUGGUUCCUUUGAUUCUGCUCUUUUUUAGCCUUUGUCUUAGUGAAUCUGUCCCUGGGAGGGUUUAAAAGUGUCUCAGGUGUUCAGUGCUGGUGGGAGGGGCAAGGUCUGUGUUGGAAUAAAGUGACUGAGGGUUUUCCCAGCAUGGCAGAGCCCAGAGCGUCUGUCUGCAGGGGAGGAGCCUGGGGGGAAUCGGAGUGUGAAAUGGACUCAAGCCCCUUCUGAAACCUCCCCCAUCACUCCUCUCACCCUGACAGGCUGAGGAAUCACGUCCACGUUUCGCUCCAGAUCGUCCCGUCUUCCAGGGGACAGGGAAGGGAAAUGGCUGUGAUGGAGCCAGCUCAGAUGCUGGUGACCUUCGAGGAGGUGGCUGUGUAUUUCACCGAGGGGCAGGGGGCUCUGCUGGACCCUGCUCAGAGAGCCCUCUACAGGGACGUCAUGCAGGAGAACCAUGAGACGGUGACCUCGCUGGGAUUUCCCAUUCCCAAACCUGACCUGAUCACCCGGCUGGAACGAGGGGAAGAGCCGUGGGUCCCGGAUCUCCAGGCCUCUGAGGAAAGUGGGAGCCCGAGAGGCACCCACACAGGUGAUAGGACAGUGAGUGAGAACAAGGAGGAGAAUCAACAGCAGGAAGGUCCUGAGCAAGUGGAACCACAGGAGAGGUUUUUGAGAAAAGCUGAUGGGAAUUUUUCCCAGGGCUUGGAACAGGGAAAUACUUGGGGAGAUCGACACAGCUCAGAGAUGCAGCUGGGAAACCAUGCCACGAAGAAACUGGAUAAAUCCACUGAACAUGGCGGAGGAUGCAAGGAUCCCAAGGAAACCACAGUCCAGCAGACAAGUCACAAUGAAGAGAAACCCUACAAAUGCCUUGACUGUGGGAAAAGAUUCCGUUUCAGUGCAAACCUUCUUAGACAUUGGAGAACCCACACAGGAGAGAAGUCCUAUGAAUGCUUGGACUGUGGGAAAAGCUUCCGUGAGAAGUCAAACUUUAUUACACACCAGAGUCUGCACACAGGAGAGAAACCCUAUAAAUGCCUUGAGUGUGGGAAAAGUUUUAGUCAGAGGUCAUAUCUUAUGGCACAUCACAGAACCCACACAGGAGAGAAGCCCUAUAAAUGCUUGGACUGUGGGAAAAGCUUCAGUAGGAAGCUAUGUCUUAUUGUACACCAGAGACUGCACACAGGAGAGAAACCCUAUAAAUGCCUUGAGUGUGGGAAAAGUUUUAGGCAGUGGUCACAGCUUAUGUCACAUCACAGAACCCACACAGGAGAGAAGUCCUAUAAAUGCUUGGACUGUGGGAAAAGCUUCAGUAGGAAGCUAUGUCUUAUUGUACACCAGAGAGUACACACAGGAGAGAAACCCUUUAAAUGCCUUGAGUGUGGGAAAACUUUCCGUCACCGCUCAAACCUUAUUAAGCAUCAGAGAAUCCACACCAGCGACAAACCCUAUAAAUGCCUCGACUGUGGGAAAAGUUUCAUUGACAGAAUAAAACUUACUAAUCAUCACAGAAUCCACACAGGAGAGAGACCCCAUAAGUGCUUUGACUGCGGGAAAAGCUUCAUACACAAGUCAAGGCUUAUUGUACAUCAGAGAGUGCACACAGGAGAGAGACCCUUUAUAUGCUGUGAGUGUGGGAAAAGUUUUAUUCGGAGCGCAGAGCUUAUUAGACAUCAGAUCACCCACACAGGAGAGAGACCCUUUAAAUGCCGUGAGUGUGGGAAAAGUUUUAAUCAUAACUCAGCGCUUAUUACACAUCAGCGAACCCACUCAGGAGAGAGACCCUAUGGAUGCCUUGAGUGUGGGAAAGGUUUUAUUGAGAACUCAGCGCUUACUAGACAUAGGAGAAUCCACACAGGAGAAAGACCCUAUAAAUGCCAGGAGUGUGGGAAAAGUUUCAGUGUGAAAUCAACCCUUAAUACACAUCAGAAAACCCACACAGGAGAGAAACCGCAUAAAUGCUUGGACUGUGGGAAAAGCUUCAUUCAGAAGUCAAAACUUAGUAUACACCAGAGAGAACAUACAGGAGAGAGAUCAUAUAAGUGCCUUGACUGUGGGAAAACUUUCAUUAAGUGCUCAGACCUUAUUAAGCAUCAGAGUAUCCACACAAGUGACAAAUCCUAUAAAUGCCUCGACUGUGGGAAAAGUUUCACUGACAGAAUAAAACUUAGUAGUCAUCAGAGAAUCCAUACAGGAGAGAGCCCCCAUAAAUGCUUUGACUGUGGGAAAAGAUUCAUACACAAAUCCAGGCUUAUUGUACACCAGAGAGUGCACACAGGAGAGAGACCCUUUAAAUGCCGUGAGUGUGGGAAAAGUUUUAGUCAGAGUGCAACGCUUAUUACGCAUCAGCGAACCCACACAGGAGAGAGACCCUAUGGAUGCCUUGAGUGUGGGAAAAGUUUUAUCGCAAGUUCAGCCCUUACUAACCAUAGGAGAAUCCACACGGGAGAAAGACCCUAUAAAUGCCACGAGUGUGGGAAAACUUUCAGAUACCGCUCAAACCUUACUAAACAUGGGAGAAUCCACAUCGGAGAGACACAUUAUAAAUGCCUUGAGUGUGGGAAACGUUUUGCUGACAGAACAAAACUUACUGUUCAUCAGAGAAUCCACACAGGAGAGAGACCGCAUAAAUGCUUAGACUGUGGGAAAAGCUUCAUUCAGAAGUCAAAACUUAUUCUACACCAGAGAGUGCACACAGGAGAGAGACCGUAUAAAUGCCUUGAGUGUGGGAAAAGCUUCAUUGAGCAGUCACAACUUAUUCUACACCAGAGAGUGCACACAGGAGAGAGACCCUUUAUAUGCUGUAAAUGUGGGAAAAGUUUUAUUCGGAGCACAGCGCUUAUUACACACCAGAGAACCCACUCAGGAGAGAGACCCUAUAAAUGCCUUGAAUGUGGCAAAAGUUUUAGUCAGAGCUCAAAUCUUAUUGCACAUAAGAGAACCCACACAGGAGAAAGACCGUAUAAAUGCUUGGACUGUGGGAAAACUUUCAGUCAGCGCCCACACCUUACUAAACAUGGGAGAAUCCACACAGGAGAGAGACCUUCUAAAUGCCUUGACUGUGGGAAAAGCUUCAGUAAGACCUCAGAGCUGACCAAACAUCAGAGAAUGCACAAGGGUGAGAGACCCUAGGAAUAGCUUGGCUGCAGGAAAAGAUUCAAUUUGACUUCAUACUUCAGUGACCCACACAACAGAGAGACCUUGAAUGUGGGGGAAGGUUCAUUUGGUGCUCCUGGAGUAUCAGACAUCUGCAAAUCUGCGCAGGGAAGAAAUUUCUGAGAUGUUCUCAGUGUGGAAAAUGCUCCAAGUGGAAUUAACACCAUGUUGAACAUCAGAGACUCCUCCACACAGCCGGGAAAUUCUCUGAGGGCCCUGACUGUGGCUGGCUAUGGUGACAAACCCAUUUCCUCGUUCCCACACACACCUAAGGUAUUUGGCUCCCAAGGACCCAACUGCCCAUUGCUGGGGUGAGGAUCCAGCAGCAGCCGAGCAUCAGCUGGUCAGUGACCCUUUGGGUCUGCCUGGUCUAAGCAAACCCCAGGCAGAGGAGGAGAAGCCCUGAUCAGCCCCUCCUCCCUGCUGCAGCCCUGGCUGCUGAGCUGAUGGGCCACAGGGCGGGUAAGGGAGAGAGAGAGAGAAACUCCUCUGGCCACUCCCUCUGCCUGGCUGAAGUUCCCCCCCUCUCCCUUCCCCUCCCAGAUGGGAUCCCCCUGCCAUGGAGAUGAAGAGAAGGACACUUGGUCCAGGACCCACCUUCACUCUAGACCCCUGUCCCCAUCCCACAGCCGCUUCACUCUAGACCCCAGUCCCUAUUCCACCAGCCGCUGGUCUGGGCUCCACCAUUUACUUGGGGCUGUUCCCUGCAGGGGGAGUGUCCCUGGGGGCUGGUAACUCCUCCCUCCCCAAAUCCCCCAGGGUGCUGGGCUCCGGGGAUCAACCAUUAAGGGACCAGGGUGAUGGGUUAUGGGGAGGACACUGGGGACUGAAUGGUUGGGGCUGGUGGAACUGGGAAGCAGGGGGAGCUGGGUGCUGGGCUGUCGAGUGUUUGGGGAAGAUGGGAUAAGAGGCGAGGGAGAGCACAGGGGUAGAGAGGUGCUGCCUCUCCUCACUCUCCCCUUCUGCCCCUUCUCCCUGCCCCCGCUGCAUUCAGACAGCACCAUUAGCAGAGACUGAUUCCCACAGGGCCUUUUGUUGGAAGUCUGGAUUUGCCACCUCUGCUACAGCAGCAUCAGCCUCUGAGGGGGAAGCAGCGUUGCCUAGUGGAUAGAGCAGUGGCCUGGGGCUCAGGAGACCUGAGCUCUGGCCCCACCUCUGCCAGCAGCUUGCGCGGUGACCUGAGACAAAUCUGUGCCUUCCAGAGAGGGAAUAAAUGGGGAGUGAUGAUAUCAGCCUCCGAGUGGUUGGGAUUAGCUAGUGCGUCUCCUUUGUUCCUCCUCCCCUUUUUCUAGUCUAGACUGACCCUGAGCAGUUUAUUCCAAUCCUUCAUUAGCAAAGUGAUUGUUAGAGUCACUUAGUGGCCCCUUUGGAGUGAGAUUGUCUCAUUCCCAGACAUCCUCACAUUGCUCCAUGUUAUGCUGAAAAACAUUUAAUUUUUUGUGCUGUUUCUCCCUUAUACACCAGAAUUCAAUAGAUUCUAUAAGAGCUGGAGCAGGGCUAGUAAAAUAAUGUGGUGUUUUAACUUCUCUGUUAUAUGAGGGGGACGGGGUGAGUCUGGGGGAUUCCCUCCUGCCCCCAUCAACCUCACACAUCUUCUCUCACAGAGCAGCCUCUGCCCAAGCCGUGGAGAGUUUAUCCUUUUCCCUUUCUACCCCUCCACCUUCAUGUGUGUCAUUUACCAGUGUCCUUUGCCCACUAUGCUUAGGAAUCAGGCUUUGAUUUCUUUGAUCCUCAAUCAGGCCCCUGGGCGCUGGAGAAGAAAAUGUCACAUUCCUGAAGGGGGAAUUCAAAUGAACCCCAAAGCACAGUUUGAGCUGCAAGCCCAGCCUCCAGGUAUUGGUAAAGUGGCAUCUGGAGUUUUUCCAGCUAAAUCCAGAUCAUUUGCAGAUAGGAAGUUUUUGAUUGUUUGUCUUUUUUUCCUCUUUUAUGACAAUGAUGCUAAAUCUUUUGUCAAUAACAGAGCCAAAUAAUGCAGUGGUGCUGAGUAAAGCAGCUUCAGGCUGUUCAGAAGGAAAUGGGUAAAUUUGUUCUCCAGAUUUUGAGUCUUAAGAUUCUCUGGAUUUCACCUCAUGAAUUUGGGAAAGUGGUUUGUAGCCCACCCUGCAUUGUGGGUUUCUUUCUUUCCCGAAGGCUGUUCUGUCACAUAUUUUGAUAUUAAAUUAGUUUGGCAGGUAUGGGCUGCGGGUGACCCCCCACUUUGGGGAAGCUAGCAUGCUGGCCCCACCCCUCCCCCCGAAGCUCUGCUCCUCCUGCACACUAGAGCCCCCAAACCAAACCCCCCGAUACCAGCAGGAGCCAUGACACACACACACCCAUGACCAGAGGAGCCCCGGCUUGCCCACCCCAGGCCAGCCCCCGAAGGCCCAGCACCGGGCUGAGCGCCACACCAGGGGGCUCCCCCACACCGGGCCACGGCGGCCUAAGCACCUUUGCAAGCCGCUCCCCAACGAGCGCCAGGUUGAGCCGCUCCCACCCACCCCCCACCCGAGCAAGCACCAGGUCAAGCCGUUCCCCCGCACCCACCCGAGCAUGGGACCAUUCCACCCCCUGCCCGAGUGCCAGGCAGAGCCGGUACCCUCCUCCCCCAUCUGAGCCAGUGGCCUCAGUGCCCAGCCGAGCCGCCUCACCCCCCCCCCCCCCAGACUCCCAUUCCCGCCGCUUGCUCACAGCGUCCCUCCUCACUGCCCCGCCCCUGAGGAGAAGCGACAUGGUGAGCAGGAGGGACCUGUGGGGGGAGAGGUGGAGUGCAGGCAGGCAGGUGGCAGCAGCAGGUGGGGGGUGGGUGAGUGGGGCCUCACGUCCCUCGGGGGUGCCUGCGCCAGGGAAGGGACUUCAAAAGACAAAUGAGCACUUGCCAGAAUAGUCCUUUUGAUUUUCUUUUCACGUUUUCCUAGCCUUUGUCAUGAGAUUUUCUUGUUUUUUGAACAAAGAAAAUGAUCAGUAUCCACAAAAACACUGAGGGCGAGUGCUGGAUACGCACUCCGAGAGGCAGGGACUGAAACGGGGAAGGAAGUUGCUGCCUGAUCCCUGCAGAGAUGUAAGAUACACUCAGGAGGGUGGGGGGAUGAGGGGGUUGGACAGGGCCUUGUGUGACGUUACACCCCAUAUUCUUCAUAGAAGUAUUGUUAUGAUAUGACUAGGGCAUAGCUAAGAUAUGUUUUAUGCAAGAUGGGUCAUGUGCGGUAUCAUUGAACGGGUUAUGAUCUACUGAAUGUGUUUAUCCAGUUGGAAACAUGUAUCGUUUCUGUAUCUGAAGUUAGGAAUAUUGACUAUGUAACAAUUACAACUGCGUGUGUAUUUGGGGGAACACCCACCAGACAGUCGGCUGUCAGCCUGGAUGGGCCAUUAAGGACAAUAGAACUUUCAAGACACUAAUCUCCCGCCUUCCAGAGAAGCUUCCUGGGAUGCUGCUUUGACCCUGCAAGGUCAGGUGAUGAUGUCACCUGGUAAGGAGUCCCACCUUGGACACUGCUGGUACUUUUCCACUAGAAACAAGGGAUUCCUGCCUUAUGUAAAUUCUAUUUAAGGCUGGGAAGUAAGGCAAUCUGGGGUCUUCUCCACUGCCUGCCCGCCCAAGAAG